AUAAAUAUAAAACAUUUUAGGGCAAUUCAGAUUUUGUGUCUACACUCCUCUACAAUUUGCAAUACCUACCUGCAUUAAAGUUGCUGUCAUUAACAUCUGACCGUAGUUGUCAAACUCAAACUGACAAUUAAAUGCUAGGUUGAAUUGAUUGUAUGCGUCCUAUCUUAUUUGAUGUUUUUGUGGCAUUUCUUCGUUCUUUAGUACCCAUUUAACGAAUUUCAUUGUUGUAAUACGGUAACACAAUUUUUUAUACUUUUUAUCUCAAUAGUGCGUAUUUUUUAUAUUGACAAACUAUGGAUUCGUCAUCGAUCGUCAGUUUUAACAAUGAUUCUACUUUCCAAACAACAUUAAAAGGUGACUGUAACAAUAUCAGCGUUCAUGAGUUAGCUUUACAUGCCAUGAGAGACCGUUGUUUAUUAUUACAAAGAAGAAUUAACGCAUUGGAAACUGAUAACAUGCGAUUAAAACUAGAUGUGGUAAAGGCUUCAGAGUGCUCACCAUACACACCUAUGAAAGAAGAUGAAAAGCUUGCCUUACAUCAAAAAAUUGCAGAACUGAACAAACAAAAGUCAAAACUCAUGCACCAUGUUUUCAUGGUUCAAUGUGAAAAUAAAAAUCUUUGGAACAAAAUCUCCACUUUGAAAGGUCCUGAUAAGUCCAAUAAGCAGCCUUUAUUACGCACUAACACUUACAUUCAUAGCACUCCCAAAAAUAGUUCACAUUACCAGGAAAAAUACUCAGAGUCAAGUUUGGAAGAAAUAUCUUUAAAAUUGAUAAAUAGCUAUAUUCAAGAAAAGUCACAGUUGGUUGAACAAUAUGAGCAGAUGGCUCAAUUGCAGGAUAUGGAUGAUGAUCUCUUGAAUGCUGAUUCAAUUGGCUUCACAUACAUUGAAGAUCCACCUACAGACUCAUUAAAAGAAAUUCACUGUCAAACAGAAAAACUUCAGUGCAUGAAGAAGGAGCUUGUACAGCAAGAAACAGAUUUAAAAUUAGUACUAUCUAAAGUUGAAUCUGUGUUAAGAGAUGGGUACAAGUGUCCAACAUGCAUUGCAAACAAUGCUAAAAUCACAACAUCAGAGCACAAAGAGAUUGAAACAAGUGACAGUCUAGCUAAUUGGGCAACUCCUGCAGACUCUAGCACAUAUAAUAACAAUUUUAGUGAAUUAAACACAUCAGCUUACAAGAAAAGUAUUUUAGAAGAAAGUGACAAGGAUAAUGUUGAUGAAGCUUGUGAUAAAAUUUGCCCCAUGUGUGGACAGACAUUCCAAAAAGAAAUUGCCUUUUCUGAAUUUCAGUCUCAUGUUGAAAAUCACUUUUUAGGUGAAGCAGAACCUGACUCUAUAACUGAUCAUUUUGAUAAUGUUCCAAAUUCAUUUGAUAAUAUCAUUUAAUUACUUUACAAAUUCAUAUUUAUUUAUACAUAUUAUUAUAAUAUAUUAUGAUUGAUCUGUAUAUUCCAAAUGUUCCAAAAUUGUUUGAACAAGUUAUCUCAGGUCAAUUUUAUUUUAAUAUUACUUCUAUAAAUGUUAAGUUUCCUCAUCUCAUAUGAAAUAAAUUUAAAGUAAUUGGGUAAUGUUCUUAUACAUGAGGGUCAUAUAAGGAUUUCUAAAGACAGGUUUCAUAAUUCCUCAGAAAUGGCUUUUAGCCCUCUGAACAUGGCUUUUGUUUUUGGAAUAAACCAUUUUUAAAUAAAUGGAAAUAGAAAACAUUUGAUUUAAUGUCUUUUAUCUAACAAUUAGUUUUAUAAAGAGGGGCACAAUUUUUUUAAGCAUUAACUGUCAUACAAUGAUGCAAACACAUAUCAUAACCACUAAUAAUGUUUUAUCGUAGAACUAUAUAAUGGAAAACUGUAAUAUUAAAAAAGCAAGUUAUUAACAGUAUUGCAGGGUAACCUUUGGAUGUAUCUGAGUAUGGCAGAUACUAAAAUAAAAAAUAAAUCUACAUGUCACUUAUUGAAAGAACACAUACUUAAAUUAAGCUGUAGGAAAAUAUGCUAGACAUUAAUCCUAAUUUAAAUAAUUGGUAAUGAUAUUAGUACUAUUUCAUGUAGAUAGAAAAUGAUAGUAUAUUAAUUAUCAGCAUAUUAUAUUUUAAGUGUAGUAUAAAGUGAUGGAAAUUAAAUAAACCUCUUUUAUUUAUCUCAUAUCUAUUUA